AUGAAAACAUUCGCUCUCGCUCUUCUUAUUACUGCAGGGGCACUCUUCCCUGCAAUCAUCCUCCUUUCAUUUUACUAUGUCAUCAUGCGUAUCUGGCCAGCACCACCCAUUGAAUUGGAACGCAUCACCAUUCCGGCAUCAAAUCAACUGUCCCAUCGCAUGCUAGUUCACCCAGCUGUGUCACCUCGUGCACACAUCCGGCGACACUCUCUGCACUUCACCACUCAGCAGUUUGAUGAACUGGAUGACCUUGCAUCUAUGAUGCUGCAUGAGAGUGAGAUGGAAGCCGAUCAUCCAUCCAAGCCUAAAUCGCGCGAUGAGGAACAUUGGAAUGUUGUGAAAUGA